CGGUGAGCUGAAAGCGCGCUUUUUUUUGUGUACUUGAUUACUCGUGUAAUAUGUUCAUACGUGAUCCUAAACAUGAUACUAAUGAAUCUGAAGAAGAAGAUGAGGAUGAAGUUGGAGAUCUUGCCCAGAAACGCCGAGAAGAAUGUGAGAGAAAAGCACGAAGAGGGGAGAUGGACCCUCGUCUGGAAUUUACAUUCCAGUUACUCACAGAUUCAACUGGAAUGCCACGAUCAGAUGUAAUGGAUAAUGUUUUCGAAGGAAACAUGUUGGAUGACAUAAAUCAGUUAUUUUUGCCACAUAUGAGGACAAAAUUAAUGUGGUUUUAUCAAGAAGUAGAUGAGACAGAUUCGAAUAAUAUGCAUUUUGAAUCGACCAAAGCAGCUUCCAGGUUACCAAAAAUGGUCGGAUCUUUUGCUGGAAAUGUUGUUCGUAAAAAAAAGUUAUUCCUAACUGAUGGUACGACAGUACCAUUGACUGGCAUCUGCGUUUAUAUGCUUAGGUUGAGUAAUACCAAACCUCUACCCGAAGAAGGUUUCCAUAAAGAUUUAUUUUGCGGUGUUUUAAACGCAGCGGAUAUAGGACUGGUUACUUGUAUCCAGAGAAUAUUGGAACACAUAUUUAUGCCAGCUAUUUCAUUCUCAACUGGAAAUGGCGAAGAUGAUGAAGCCACAAGUCCAAUGGUACAAAAUCAAUUGCUACCCAGUCUUCGAUCUUUUUGUAGUGCUUUAAAAGUUUGUGAAGAUGUAUGCAACCAACCAAACGUUUUUGAAGCUCAUUUGAAUCUAGCGUCGAGAAUAGUUAGUCCUGAAGAUAUGAAAAAUUUUGUAUCUCAGCCAGAAAAAGUCACGGCGUUGGAAGUCAGAGUGAAAAUAUGGAUGAAAAAAUUGCAAAGUGUAAUAAAUGAAUGCGAACAAUUACGAACAGAAAGCGAUGCCAGUAGGCCUCAAGAUGAAUUAGAAUACUGGAAAAAAAGAUGUGCACAAUUUUCACAAAUCGUCAUGGGAUUGCGUUCCGAAGAGGUUCAAAUAUCUAUUCAGUGUCUUGUUCAAGCUCGUUCUAAAUUGAUGAAAGUUUGGAGAGAAAUCGAAACCAAAAUAACGACUUAUUAUAAUGAAGCUAGGGACAAUGCUAAAUUUAUCCAGGUUAUGGAGAAAUGUUGUCAUUCUCUAUAUUUGCAAGAUCCAGUGAAAAUGAAAGACUCUAUAAUGAGUCUAUUGCAAACUGUAAAGUUGAUUCAUAAUGUUUCGCAAUUUUAUAACACUCCUGAAAGAAUAUCUUCUCUGAUGAUAAAAAUAACCAAUCAAAUGAUCGAAACUUGCAAACAAUACAUCACAUCUCGCAACACGGAACCAAUCUGGAAACAAGAGAGAGUUCAAGUUUGCCAAAAGCUCAACGAUUGUAUUCGUUUGAACAGCGUGUACCACAACAGCUAUGCUUUAGUUCAGCAGCGAAAUCUUCCAAUGACUCAAAACGCCUCAACAGAGUUCAAAUUUUCUGAAAAUUACGUUUUUGGAAAAUUCGACGCGUUUUGCAAUCGACUCAAGAAAAUAAUUCUGUUGUUUGAUUUAAUAGAAGAUUAUAAUAAGUUAUUUGAACGAAGAAUGGAAGGAUUGUUGCUAGGAGAAGCUUUGGACGAAGCAAUUCGAUCCUUCAAUGAAGCAAAAAAUGAAAUUACCAGUAAGAAUUACGACUACUUGAAUCAGAAAAAUACUGAUUUCGAUCAAGAUUUUGAUAAUUUCAUUGAAAAAACGAACAUAUUGAAAGAACAUAUUGCAACAACCAUCGAAGAUAAUUUUUGUGACAUUUGGGAAACUCGACAAGGAUAUAAAUUUUUAACACGGUUUGAGCAGAUCAGUGAAAAAAUACCUUUGAAAAAAUUGGACGAGAAGUACGAUCGUGUGAUAAAAUACUGCGAACGUGAAGUUGAACGUAUUUUGAAAAUGUUUCGAAAACAGAAACACGAUCCUCCUUUGGCUAGAACGUUUCCUCCACUUGCAGGUCGUAUCAAAUGGACUCGAUCGCUGAAAUAUCAUCUAGAAGAUAUACUCACCGAAGCUUUACAACAUCCGGUUUUGAAGACAUUACCAGCAACUACAGAAUUAAGCAAGAAAUACAAUAUUGCUGUUUCAGCAUUAACGUCAUUUGAAGAAGAUAUUGUGAAUAUUUGGGUCAAUACUAAUGUCUGGAUUGUUGAAGAUUGUUUGCAACAAACGCUUUUAAGAAUGGAGUCGGAAACUGGAAAUUUGACGGUAAAUCUAGAUCAUCGCAUAACUUUACUCAUAAGAGAAACAGAAUGCAUGGCUAAGAUGAAUUUGCCAGUUCCAAACGUUACGAUGGCAAUUUUUUCAAAACGUGAAUAUUUUAUGCGGAUCAGUGACUCGUUAAAAUUUUUGCUACGCAAUUUUUUAAAAGCUGUGAGUGAUGUGAAGUCUGAAGUGAGACCUUUAUUAUUACCUCAUCUGGUCAACUUGGUGUCUUUAUUUGGGCCAGCAGUUCAUACGAUUACGUGGACGCAGCCUACGUGGGAGAAUUUUGUAAAUGAUACUUCGAAAGCAGUAAAGGAUUUUGAAAUUUUGGUGUCCAGAAUUCACGAUAUUUACGAGAAUCGAGUGCUUCAUGUACUCGAAUCGAUGAAUUACGUCAAGUUACACGCAUUACCAGAAGAUUCUCCUUGGGUUAUAGGACAAUUUUUAGAAAAAAUGGAAGAGAAAAGUAAUCAUGCAGCCAUGGAACUCAACAAAAAAAGUUUAAUGGUGGAAGAAGCUGUGGAAGACAUUUUAAAAUUGGUUCAAAAAACUUCUACUCAGAAACUAGCCGAAAAUCAUCUUCUUUCAGACAUAGCCGAAGGUAAAUCAUCAGAUGAAGGAGGCGUAUCAACAGGCGAAUCUGUUGCAUCAACAGGUCAACAGCAACAGGACUGGAAUGUGAUCUGUGAAUGUUUCGAUAAACCUUAUUCGCUGAUGUUAGCAAACAGCGCUAUGUCCAAAGUUAUGAAUGAUGUGGUCUCCAAUGCUGUUUCCGAAAUGCGACGUUAUUAUAGUCGUAAAGUAGUCGAUGUUUUGGUUCGAAUCACCAGACAGUCUGUGGACGAUUUAAGAAAACGUUUUUCGAUGGAUUCUGAAGGAGUUCCAAUAUUCCAUCUAAAUGCCAUUCUGAAAAUACCCAAUAUUGUUAUACAACCAAACAUGGAUGAAAUUCAGGAUUGCAUUGUUCUAGCCGGUAAAUAUAUUUCCGGGGUUUCCAAAGGAGUGGCUCAAUGGACUGCUGGAAAACCACAACAGGAGCACGGUUUCAACGUUGUUCUCCCUGAGGAUCCGCGUACUCGACGAAGAAGAUUGUAUAAGUUGGCCUCGGAACCAAAACCGAAAUUUCCUUUCCAGUCGCGUAAUUUUUAUACUCAAGUUAUAGAGAAUAAAGAAGUAGUGAAGACGUUGUCGUUAUUGUCGUCUUGUUCUAAUCAAAUUAAAAUGGAAUUAAAAAUGUACCUGGAGCAAUGGUCGCAGUUUAAAAUACUAUGGGAAAAUGAAGCCAAUGAAAAGAAAGAUGUGAAUACGAUAAACCUAACUGAUUCUGAAGCUUCUUUGCGUCGUCAUCAAGAACUCGAAUCUGAAUUGAAAAUACAACCAGAUACAAAAGUUUUUGGAACUGCUUUCUUAAUAUCUAUAGAUCGAUUGAAAUUCGGCUUACUUACUGAAAUAAAAUCGUGUAAUAAUCGAAUCGGACAAACGUUGCGUAAGAAAUAUCGUCGAGAAAUGGAUUACGUUUAUGCUCUAAUCAACGAAAUGGAACGUAAAUUGGAACGACCAAUUAGAGAUUUAGAUGAUGUAAGGCUUGUAAUGGACAUGCUAAAAAAAAUAAGGGAACAGGAAAUCGAUAUGGAAUUGAAAAUCGAACCGAUUGAGGAAGCUUUCAACUUAAUAACCAAGUCAGAACUUCCCAUCGAUCGAGAAGAUCUUGAACAAGUGGAUAAUUUGAGAUAUACUUGGCAAAGAUUACUAGCACGAGCUAUGGAUGUGAACAUGAUGCUAUUAACUAUGCAGCCUCAUUUUGAGGAUGAGUUAUUUCGUAAUUUGGAUAAAUUCAAAAAGGAUAGUCAAGAUUAUUGUCAUCAGUAUCACACAUCUGGUCCAAUGAUGUCAGGAUUGACUCCUCGAGAAGCUUCAGAUCGAUUGAUUCUGUUCCAAAAUCGAUUUGAUGGAAUGUGGCGAAAAUUACAAACGUAUCAAAGUGGAGAAGAAUUAUUCGGCUUACCAACCACUGAAUAUCCGGAAUUAGCUCAAAUCAGAAAAGAACUGAAUUUAUUGCAAAAAUUGUACAAAUUAUACAACGAUGUAAUCGAUCGAGUCAGCAGUUAUUACGAUAUACCUUGGAAUGAUGUGAAUAUCGAAGAAAUCAACAACGAGCUAAUGGAGUUUCAAAACAGAUGUCGUAAAUUGCCAAAAGGAUUGAAGGAAUGGCCAGCAUUUCACGCCUUGAAAAGAACCAUAGAUGAUUUCAAUGAUAUGUGCCCAUUGCUGGAAUUGAUGGCUAAUAAGGCGAUGAAGCAACGUCAUUGGCAUCGCAUCAUGGAAAUAACGAGUUAUAAUUUUGAUCUAGAAAGUGAAGGAUUUUGUUUGAAAAAUAUCUUAGAAGCUCCUCUGCUCAAAUAUAAAGAAGAUAUCGAGGAUAUUUGUAUAUCAGCCAUGAAAGAAAAAGAUAUUGAGGCAAAAUUACGUCAAGUAACCAAUGAGUGGUCAGUUCACGAGUUGACUUUCAUGAUGUUUAAUAACCGAGGCGAACUGUUGCUGAGAGGAGAUACUACCGCUGAAACGAUAGGACAUUUGGAAGAUAGUUUGAUGGUUUUAGGGUCAUUGUUGUCAAACAGAUACAAUGCACCCUUCCGUAAACAAAUUCAGCAAUGGGUCAAUGAUCUAUCAAAUACAAAUGAAAUUCUUGAAAGAUGGUUAUUGGUUCAAAAUAUGUGGGUAUAUUUAGAAGCUGUGUUCGUUGGAGGAGAUAUUGCCAAACAAUUGCCCAAAGAAGCAAAAAGGUUCAGUAAAAUCGAUAAGUCUUGGCAAAAAAUCAUGCAACGGGCUCACGAAACUCCCGGUGUGGUAGCUUGUUGUGUAGGAGACGAUAUGCUAAAACAAUUAUUGCCCCAUCUACAAGAACAAUUAGAAUUAUGUCAAAAAUCUCUCAGCGGGUAUCUUGAAAGAAAACGAAUGAUGUUUCCAAGAUUCUUCUUCGUGUCAGAUCCAGCUCUUCUGGAAAUACUGGGUCAAGCUUCAGAUUCCCAUACCAUUCAAAAUCACUUAAUGUCCAUUUUUGACAAUACCAGAGCGGUGAAAUUUCACGAUAUAGAUUACAAUAAGAUCACAGCCAUUGUGUCAUCUGAAGGAGAAUGUAUCCCACUUGAGAGACCUGUCCGGGCUGAAGGAAGUGUAGAAACAUGGCUGACCUCACUGCUGCAAAUAUCUCAGCAAUCGCUUCAUUCGAUCAUAAGAACAGCGUAUUCUAUGAUUAAUGAUACAAAUUUCGCUUUAUUACCUUUUCUUGAAAAAAUGCCAGCUCAGGUGGGCAUUUUAGGAAUCCAAAUGCUGUGGACAAGAGAUUCAGAAGCUGCUUUAAUGCAAGCCAGAGCAGAUAAAAAAAUCAUGGCUAUAACGAAUAACAGAUUUUUAGAACUAUUGAACACCCUGAUUGAUCAAACGACUCGUGACUUGACAAAAAUUGAAAGAAUUAAGUUUGAAACCUUGAUUACCAUACAUGUGCAUCAAAGAGAUAUUUUCGAUAUGAUGUGUCGGUUGAAUGUUCGUUCAGUGAAUGAUUUUGAUUGGUUGAAGCAGAGCAGAUUUUAUUUCAAGGAAGAUCUGGAUAAAACCUGGAUUUCCAUCACAGAUGUAACGUUUGCUUACCAGAACGAAUAUUUGGGAUGCACUGAAAGACUGGUUAUUACGCCAUUAACUGAUAGAUGUUAUAUCACAUUGGCUCAAGCUUUAGCCAUGAGUAUGGGUGGAUCACCUUGUGGGCCGGCAGGUACAGGAAAAACUGAAACUGUCAAAGAUAUGGGUAAAACAUUGGGAAAAUAUGUCGUCGUAUUCAACUGCUCUGAUCAAAUGGAUUAUAGAGGAUUGGGUCGAAUUUACAAAGGAUUGGCUCAAUCUGGAACCUGGGGAUGUUUCGAUGAAUUCAACAGAAUUGAAUUGCCCGUUCUAUCAGUAGCAGCUCAGCAAGUAGCUACUGUAUUGAAUGCAAAAAAAGAAAGAAAAAAACAAUUCACUUUCACCGAUGGUGAUGUGGUUGAUUUAUGCACAGAAUUCGGAAUUUUCAUCACUAUGAAUCCAGGUUAUGCUGGACGUAAAGAAUUACCAGAAAAUUUGAAAAUUCAAUUCAGAACUGUUGCCAUGAUGGUUCCCGACAGACAAAUUAUUAUUAGGGUCAAAUUAGCUAGUUGUGGAUUUUUGGAGAAUAUCACCCUGGCUAGAAAAUUUUACACGUUGUAUAAGUUAUGCGAGGAACAAUUAACGAAACAAGUACAUUAUGAUUUCGGUUUACGAAAUAUUCUUUCAGUUUUAAGAAGUCUUGGAGCUGCGAAACGUGUAAAUUCUAAAGAUACAGAAAGUACCAUAGUUAUGCGAGUGUUACGUGAUAUGAAUUUAUCAAAACUUAUAGACGAAGACGAGCCUUUAUUCAUGUCACUAGUAGCUGAUCUGUUUCCUAAUCAAACACUUGAAAAAACAUCUUAUCCGGAAUUGGAAGAAAGAAUUUCUGAGGAAGUUGAAAAGGCUGGAUUAAUAUAUCAUACUCCUUGGGUGUUGAAAUUGAUACAACUUUAUGAAACGCAAAGGGUUCGACAUGGAAUCAUGGUAUUGGGCCCUGCUGGAGCUGGAAAAACAGCUUGUAUUCAAACAUUGAUGAAAGCCUUGUCUUCAUACGAAGAGCAUUAUAGAGAAAUGCGCAUGAAUCCAAAAGCCAUCACAACAGCGCAGAUGUUCGGUCGAUUGGAUGUUGCCACCAAUGACUGGACUGAUGGAAUAUUUUCUGCUUUAUGGAGAAAAACAUUAAAACUCAAAAAAGGUGAACACGUAUGGCUUGUAUUGGAUGGCCCAGUGGACAGUAUUUGGAUUGAGAAUUUAAAUUCAGUGUUGGAUGAUAAUAAAACUUUGACGUUGGCUAAUGGUGACAGAUUACCAAUGUCUGCUACAUGUAAAGUAAUAUUUGAACCAGAAAAUAUUGAUAAUGCUUCACCAGCCACUGUUUCGCGUAAUGGAAUGGUUUACAUGAGUUCAUCUGGUUUAGACUGGAGUCCAAUGCUGAGUGCCUGGUUAAAACAUCGUCAUCCCACUGAGGUAACAGUUUUCCAACCCCUCUUUGAGGAAUCAUUUCUAGCAGCCUAUAACUGGGCUGUUCUUAAUCUGACGUUUAUGGUUAAAAUAUUACAAUGCAAUGCUAUUCAACAAAUUAUAGUCAUUCUUCAAGGAUUAAUUUCUUGGCACGUAAACGAAGCUCAAAGCAAAGAAAGUCAUCAUAUUGAAGAAAUAGAAGAUACCGAUUUAUUGCAACCCAAAGAAGUUGUCAUUCCCAACCAUAAGUUGACUUCAGAACACUUGCAAAGAUUAUACGUAUUUUCCUUGGUUUGGGGCAUUGGAGCUUUCCUAGAAAAUGAAGAUAGGGAUAUGUAUAACGAGUACAUUAGAUCAAAACACUCCUCUUUUGAUUUACCCGAAGUUAAUGAAGACAAUAAAAGCUUAUUUGACUUUUACGUCACCAUCGAAGGUAUCUGGGAACCGUGGAAUUCUGUGGUCACUAGUUUCGUGUAUCCUGAAACAAGUACACCUGAUUACAGCAAUAUUAUGAUACCGAUUGUUGAUAACGUUCGAAUAGACUACUUGAUCGCCUGUGUGGCUAAACAAGAAAAAGCUGUUCUGUUGGUAGGCGAACAAGGUGUAGGAAAAACAGUCAUGAUGAAAUCAUACAUGAAAAAAGUUAAUCCCGAACAGCACCUGAGUCGAUCUUUCAAUUUUUCCUCAGCGACUACACCGUAUCAGUUUCAAAAAACUAUCGAAAGUUACGUAGAAAAACGAAUGGGUAGUACUUUCGGACCAUCCGGUAAUAGGAAGAUGACCGUAUUUAUCGACGAUAUUAAUUUACCUUACAUAAACGAAUGGGGUGACCAAGUAACCAAUGAGAUUGUUCGUCAGACUAUGGAUAUGAAAGGAUUUUACAGCUUGGAGAAGCCAGGAGAAUUCAAUACUUUGGUUGAUAUCCAAUUUGUAGCAGCUAUGGGACAGCCAGGAGGAGGAAGAAAUGAUAUUCCAGCUCGUUUGAAAAGACAAUUUUGUAUUCUGAAUUGUACGUUACCUUCAAAAGAUUCUAUCGAUAAAAUAUUUCGUAUCAUUGGUGAAGGACACUAUAAUGCUAAACGAGGGUUCGCUCUUGAAGUGAGAAAUCUUGUGAAGAAAUUAGUACCACUGACGAGGUUAUUGUGGCAGAAAGUCAGAACCAAUUUGCUCCCAACACCUGCGAAAUUCCAUUACAUAUUCAGCUUACGAGAUUUAUCUCGAAUUUGGCAAGGUAUGGUGGGAACUUUGAGUACUGUAAUCGAUUGUGAAAAAGUUCUCAUGUUGCUUUGGAAACACGAAUGCACAAGAGUAUUUGCUGAUCGGUUUACAGUCCUCAGUGAUAAGGAUUGGUUUGAUGACACGUUUUCUAAAUUAGUUCAAGAACGUCUUGAAACAUCGUAUUAUGAGAUGACUUUGCAAAACCCAGUUUUUGUUGACUUCAUGAGAGAUGCUCCUGAACCUACUGGAGAGGAAGGUGAAGAAGCAGAUAUGGAAUUACCCAAAGUUUACGAACCAGUUUACAAUAUGGAAGAGCUUCGUGAACGAUUGGAUAUGUUUUUAUCUCAAUUCAACGAAAUGGUCCGAGGUGCUGGCAUGGAUUUGGUAUUUUUUCCAGAUGCUAUGUUGCAUUUAAUCAAAAUUUCCAGAGUAAUCAGACACCCUAGAGGAAACGUUAUGUUGAUUGGAGUAGGAGGCUCAGGAAAGCAGUCACUGACAAAAUUGGCUUCUUUCAUUGCUGGUUACAAAACUUUUCAGAUUUCUCUGACUAGAUCGUAUAAUAUUACCAAUUUCUUGGAAGAUUUGAAAUUAUUAUAUCGUAGUUGUGGUGUGCAAGGUAAAGGCACCACUUUCAUUUUCACUGAUCAAGAUAUCAAAGAAGAAGGCUUCUUGGAGUAUUUAAAUAACAUCCUUUCUUCCGGUAUCAUAUCUAAUUUAUUCACGAGAGAUGAACAAGCUGAAAUUAUAUCCGAACUGACUCCCAUCAUGAAACGAGAGAAUCCUAAACGUACUCUUACCCAAGAAAAUGUAAUGGAAUAUUUCCUUCAAAGAACUCUUCAAAAUUUACACGUUGUUUUUUGCUUCUCUCCCGUUGGUGAACGAUUCAGAAACAGAGUUAUGCAGUUUCCAGCAUUAGUCUCCGGAUGUACGGUGGACUGGUUCCAACCAUGGCCUAAAGAUGCUCUAGUUGAAGUAGCCAGCCACUUUUUAUCAGAAUUUAGUAUCGAAUGCACUUCUGAGGUGAAAGGUGAACUUGUGAAUGCGCUAGGAACUAUUCAAGAUAUUGUAUCUGCAACAUCUACCGAAUAUUUCCAAAGGUUCCGUCGAGCUACUCAUGUUACUCCAAAGUCGUAUCUGAACUUCAUCAACGGAUAUAAAAAUAUUUACAAAAAGAAACAACAAGAAUUGGCUGACAGUGCUCAUAGAAUGGAGGUAGGUUUGGCAAAACUGGAAGAAGCUUCCGUUUCGGUUGAAUUAUUGAAAAAAGAUUUAGCUGUAAUGGAAGAAGAACUGGCUGACGCGUCCCAAAAAGCUGAAAUGGUGCUUAGUGAAGUAACCGAAAGAGCACGUCAAGCUGAAUCAGUUAAAAAUCAAGUGAUGCAAGUUAAAGAAAAAGCUGAAAUAUUGGUUGCUAGUAUUGCCAAAGAGAAAUUAAUAGCCGAAGAAAAAUUGGAGGCAGCUAAACCAGCACUUAUGGAAGCAGAAGCUGCCUUGAAUACCAUCAAACCUGCUCAUAUUGCAACUAUUCGAAAAUUGGGCAGACCUCCUCAUCUGAUUAUGCGUAUAAUGGACUGUGUUUUGAUUUUAUUUUUGAGAAAAUUACAUCCUGUUAUUGGAGAUACUGCUGCUCCCUGUCCUAAACCAUCAUGGGCAGAGUCUUUAAAGAUGAUGGCAAGCACAACUUUUCUACUUCAAUUACAGAAUUACCCGAAAGAUAUAAUAAACAACGAAAUGGUAGAAUUACUUCAACCAUAUUUCGAAAUGGAAGACUACAAUAUGGAAACAGCAAAACGUGUUUGUGGAGAUGUUGCUGGUUUAUUAUCUUGGACAAAAGCUAUGGCUUUUUUUCAUAGUGUCAAUAGAGAAGUACUGCCUCUAAAGGCAAAUUUGGCUUUACAAGAAGCUCGUCUAAAGUUAGCCAUGGAUGAUUUGAAUAAAACAGAGAAAGAAUUAUCCGACAAAGAACAAGCUUUAAAUCAAGUUAAAGCUCAAUACGACGCAGCAGUUGCUGAAAAACAGAGACUUACCGAUGCAGCUAACGUUUGUUUGAGAAAAAUGACCGCUGCUACUGCUCUUAUCAAUGGAUUAGGUGGAGAAAAAAUUCGAUGGACGAGACAAAGUAAAGAAUUCAAGAAACAGCAUGGAAGACUGGUUGGAGAUGUUUUGCUUGCGACCGGAUUUCUUUCAUAUUGUGGCCCAUAUAAUCAAGAAUUUAGAGGUAGAUUGAUCAAAUCUUGGAUGCGAGUGUUGAAAUCGCAUACAAUACCAUUUACGGAGAACUUGAAUAUUACCAAUAUGUUGGUGGAAACUGCAACAAUUUCUGAAUGGACGUUGCAAGGACUUCCAAAUGAUGAGCUCUCAGUGCAGAAUGCUUUGAUUAUUACAAAAUCAAGUUCGUAUUCUUUGCUAAUUGAUCCACAGGGUCAAGGUAAAAUGUGGAUUAAGAAUAAAGAAUCGAAUAAUGAACUACAGAUUACAUCACUGAACCACAAAUAUUUUAGAAAUCAUCUAGAAGACAGUUUAUCUUUAGGAAGGCCUUUAUUAAUCGAAGAUGUAGGUGAAGAACUAGACCCUGUGAUAGAUAAUGUCUUGGAGAAAAAUUUCAUCAAAUCAGGUUCAAUUGAAAAGGUUGUCGUUGGUGAUAAAGAAACCGAUGUUAUGCCUGGUUUCAUGUUAUACAUAACUACCAAACUACCUAACCCUGCUUAUAGUCCUGAAGUCAGUGCUAAAACAUCGAUUAUUGAUUUUACUGUUACAAUGCUCGGUCUCGAAGAUCAGUUAUUAGGUCGUGUGAUAUCAACUGAAAAAUCAGAUUUGGAAGCAGAAAGAAUGGCUUUGUUUGAAUCUGUGAUAAAAAAUCAGCGAGCUAUGAAAGAGCUCGAAAGUAACCUAUUGCAUCGCCUAACUUCUUCUCAAGGUUCAUUGGUCGAUGAUGAAGCACUAAUUGAAGUCUUACAAGAAACAAAAACUACUGCUGAAGAGGUCAACGCAAAAUUACAAGUUUCUGAGCAAACUGAAAAGAAAAUAAUGAUAGCCAGAGAAGAAUAUCGCGCAGUUGCAGCCCGAGGAUCCAUUUUAUACUUUUUGAUUGUGGAAAUGGGAAAUGUAAAUGUUAUGUAUCAAAAUUCAUUGAAACAGUUUUUGAAUAUUUUCGACGAUUCGAUCACGAAAUCGAUGAAGAGCGCUGAUACAGAAGAGAGAAUAGAAAAUAUAUUAAAAUAUUUGACGUUUGAAGUUUGGAAAUUCACCCAAAGAAGUCUCUAUGAAAGGCAUAAACUUUUGUUCACUUUGAUGUUGGCUAUAAAAAUUGAUUGUCAGAGGGGCACGAUUACGCACGAAGAAUUUAUGACUUUUAUCAAAGGUGGCGCUUCUCUUGAUUUGAACGCUGUGACUCCUAAACCUUUCCGAUGGAUAUUGGAUAUUACUUGGUUGAAUUUAGUAGAAAUAAAUAAGAUAUCGGUGUUUUCCAAUUUAUUAAAUAAGAUUAAACAAAACGAAAAAGAAUGGAGAGUAUGGUAUGAAAAAGAACGACCAGAAGAGGAAGAAAUUCCGUGCGGUUAUGGUAAAAUUUUGGACGUAUUCAGAAAAUUAUUAUUAAUUCGUUCAUGGAGUCCUGAUCGAACACUUUCUCAAGCUAAGAAAUACAUCAUUGAAUCCCUGGGACCAGAAUACGGCGAAUCUUGUAUUUUAAAUUUGGAAACCACGUUAGAAGAAUCAGAACCGCGAACUCCUUUAAUUUGUUUACUUUCUAUCGGUUCUGAUCCGUCUUCCCAAAUACAAACACUUGCAAAAUCCAAAUCCAUUACGUUGAGAUCGAUUUCAAUGGGGCAAGGUCAAGAAGUUUAUGCUCGUCAAUUAAUCUCAGAAGCCAUGAUUUCCGGCGAAUGGGUUUUAUUGCAAAAUAUACAUUUGUCUUUGCCAUUUUGCGGUGAAAUUAUGGAUUCGUUGACGGAUAAUGAUCCGGUUCACGAAUAUUUUAGAUUAUGGUUGACAACUGAGAUGCAUCCUCAAUUUCCAAUAGGCUUGUUGCAGAUGGCUAUUAAAUUUACGAAUGAACCACCUCAGGGAAUUAGAUCCAGUAUGAAAAGAACAUAUCAAAAUAUUACGCAGGACACAUUGGAUUAUUCUACUCAAAACCAGUGGCCUCCGUUAUUAUAUGCUGUGGCGUUUUUGCACACUGUUGUACAAGAAAGAAGAAAAUUUGGUCCUUUGGGUUGGAACGUUCCAUAUGAAUUCAAUCAAGCCGAUUUCUUAGCUAGUACACAAUUUAUUCAAAAUCAUUUAGAUGACAUGGAUCCAAAAAAAGGAAUAUCGUGGCCUACAGUCUGCUACAUGCUUGGUGAAGUACAAUAUGGAGGACGUGUUACAGAUGACUUUGAUAAAAGACUGUUGAUAACCUUUACCCAAGUAUGGUUUUGUGACGUCCUAUUACGACCGGGAUUUGAAUUUUUCAAAGGGUACAAAGUUCCAAAUACUCGAAAUAUUCAAGGUUAUGUAGAUUACAUCAAUAGUUUACCUCUCGCUGAUAGCCCAGAAGUUUUUGGCUUGCACCCAAACGCUGACAUUACAUAUCAAAUAAAUACUGCAAAAGGAAUUUUAGAUACUAUUUUGAGUGUACAGCCAAAAGAAGGAGGUGUACAGGGAGGCGAAUCCCGCGAAAGUGUUGUUUACAGACUGGCUGAAGACAUGUUACAAAAAUUACCAAAACCGUACAAUAAUUAUGAAGUACGUGAGGCACUUCAAAGAAUGGGGCCAUUGUUACCCAUGAACAUUUUUCUGCGACAAGAAAUCGAUCGAAUGCAAAAAGUAAUCGUAACAGUUCAUUCUACUUUGAAUAAUUUAAAAUUAGCCAUAGAAGGUACAAUAGUAAUGAGUAGCUCCUUAAAAGAAGCUUUGGAUGCGAUGUAUGAUGCAAGAAUUCCACAAGCAUGGAGAAAAGUGUCUUGGGAAUCUGCUACUUUAGGAUUUUGGUUUACCGAAUUAUUAGAACGAGAUGCCCAGUUCCGAAAAUGGUGUAAUCAUGGGCGACCUUUCACAUUCUGGAUGACAGGAUUUUUCAACCCGCAAGGUUUUCUAACGGCAAUGCGACAGGAAGUAACCAGGGCUCAUAAAGGAUGGGCCCUUGAUUCAGUUGUACUGCAAAAUGAAAUCACGAAAUAUAAUAAAGAAGAAGUCACUGCUUCUCCUAAUGAGGGUGUUUAUGUAUACGGAUUGUUUUUAGAAGGAGCGAGUUUAGACAGAAGGACCGGAAAAUUAAUAGAAAGUAAACCCAAAGUUUUAUACGAGCAGAUGCCUGUCAUUCAUAUCAGAGCUGUGAAUACUACAGCGGGAAAAGAGCCUCGAUUGUACGAAUGUCCUAUAUAUAGAAAGCCACAACGUUCCGAUUAUAAUUACAUUGGAUCAAUCGAUUUUGAAACUGAUAUAAAUCCACGACACUGGACAUUGAGAGGUGUCGCGUUGCUAUGUGAUAUCAAAUAAGCGUUAGGUAUACAUGCUGCAUGUAUAUUUAUUUUCUUGUUGCCAAAAUAUUGUGGAAUUGAAUGUAAGGGAAUAAAUAUCUUACUUUUACGCUA